CUCUGGGAGUGAGUGGAUGAUCGCAUGAACAGGAAGCGCUGACCAUACACAGAUAGACAGAGAAAAAGAGAGAGAGAUAGACAGUCCGAGAGAGACGAUCCAGCACUCACACUUUCAGCUCAUACAGAGAGACGACAAACUACAGAGCUGUUGCUGUGGUCUUUCCACACUGUUUUGUGGAAGUACUUCUGAAAAGCGAAGCUCCUCUCAGUUACUUUGCCCUGGGGACAUUUUUGUUUCUUAUUCAAAUAAAUUGGGAUAUUCCGUGUGACAUGUUGCCCUCGUUUCCAAGAAAAUUGUAUCUUUCUUCUUUGAACGUGCAGUGCUCUUUGAACUUGCAGUGCUCUGGCUGUUCCCUGAUAAAGGCUGUUGGUGUUCUUCAGAGGGAAUGACUGAGUGUUGAGGAACCAGGAUUGCUUGCACGUGUGGGACAUUUGUGAAGAAGCAUCAGGAGGCAGAAGAGAAAAAACUGCUCAAGAAAACAUAAAGGAAAGAAAGAAAACAAGCAAACAAACAUAAAAUACUGUUUUGGUGCAAAAUGGAUCUCCCUCCUUUUAGGGGUUUAUCCGAUGUACCCUGAUAUUGGUCAGCCUUGCAGCUCAGCCCCUACCCUGGUGGCCCUGAAAGAAUGGAUCCAGUGCCACCUUUUCGGAUGGAUCCUGAAAGCCUGGAUCUUCAGCAGGUCCCUGUAUUGUCCAUUGACCAGAUCCAUGCUAUAAGGGCUAAUAAUGACUAUGUGGAACGCCCAGUGGCACUGGAGCCUGCAUCUCAGGUUGGUGUCUUCUAUGUGCAUGAUGAGCGACAUCCUCAGAUGUCUCGCAGUCAAAGUCAGCAUCAACAUUCCCACUUGGCGUACUUGAGUCGCUCCAGUACCGUGAGCUCCAUGUCCCGUGGCAGUGCUGCUUCAGACCAGAGACUUCUUACAGGACUAACGCCUUCCCAUUCUGGUCUGGCCACUGUGGUGCGGUCCCAGCCCAAAGGUGACUUGAAACCUGACUCGCUAGGCAAAGGACUGGCUGACAGUGAGGACUUGGGCCUGCAUCUCUUCAUCUGUGAACGUUGUGGCCACUGUAAGUGCCAGGAGUGCUGUGCCCCUCGUAAUUUGCCCUCCUGCUGGACCUGUGGCCAGCGCUGCUUAUGUUCAGCUGAAAAUGUCUUGGAGUAUGGCACUUGCCUGUGCUGUGUGAAGGGUCUGUUCUACCACUGCUCGGCAGAUAAGGAGGACAACUGUGCCGACCGACCAUGCUCCUGUGCCCCGGCUCAUGCCUGCUCCCGCUGGAGUGCCAUGGCCUUCCUGGCGCUAUGCCUGCCUUGCCUGUGCUGCUACCCUCCUGCCAAGCUGUGCCUCAGUCUUUGCCAGCGUGGCUACGAUCGCGCCACCCGUCCAGGCUGCCGAUGUAGCAACACCAACACUGUGUGCCGCAAGAUCUCUGCCACCAACCCUGCGCCCUUUCGUAAAACCCUGGAGAAGCCUGUAUGACAGCCUAAAGGAGCCUCUUGCAAUUCUCCUUUGAGGAGACACCUCUAUUGCUGAAGCAGCCAGGGAAUUCUGCUAAAUGAAAUGACCUACUCUAAACCAAUCAGGCCUCCCUGCAUCAUGUUCAUCAUCAUGUAUCCUACAGCCCUCUACUCCCUCCCCCAGUUUUUUUUUUAUUUUUAGUAAACCCUUCUCUUAUUUAUUUAUUUAUUAGACUUUCCAAGAUAGAGUUGGGUAAUGUGAACCAUAUGUAACAUACAGGGAGUAUGCUAUCAGAAUAAAUGCAGAGGCUGUACUGAGUAAAAGGAUCAUCUAAGCAUCACUUUCAACAGAAAGUCAGUGCUGAGUGUGUCUUCUUCAGCCUUACUGAAUGGAAAAACUAUAAGCAAGCUGGCUAACUCUAGACUUUACAUGGAUGCAGGGCGCUGGUUAGGGAGGAGAGCCCAACCAAAAAAAUCUGACUAAGUCAAUUCUGUUUGACACCAAAAACAGGACCAUUUAAAAUCAGAAUAUUAAGCUCGCCUAAGAGGGAUGUGUUUCAAGAGAGGAGGUAAAGAGAGACAUUGUGUGCGAAUGAGAGUGUAACGAAGAAGAAGGGAAAAUGUGUGUGCAUGUGUGUAUGUGUGUGCAGUCUCAGGCCGGCAUCUGCUGUCAGCAGAAGCCUCUCUUUUUAUUUUUAGAGGAGCUACUCUGAAAGAUAAAGUGUCUGGUCAGGUUUCCAGCCCAGGGCAGCCUGACGCCAACCUCUCCCAAGCACUCUUACAUCCUCAACUCAUUUUUCCUCAGCUGCCCAUUGUACCUUCCAACUGUUGAACAACAGCGAUAGGAUCCUUGACCGUUUCUGCAUCCAACUACGCUGUGGGACCAAACAUCAAAAGGGACUGUCUGUCCACCUUUGACAGUCAAGAUAAGAUACGAGCCAUUACUUUGGACAAAUUGGCCAGAAAACCUGUGGGACCAUGCUUUAGGUUAUCAUCAGAUCCGACCAGUAUCAGCAAAAUAAAGCCAUUGUGGUUCCGUAGUUCUGCCAUACAUGAGAUGAGUAUCUCUAAAGACUUUGGCCUUUCCUGAGCUUUGGCCUUUCCUGUGCCCUGAAUGCUUUGCAGAAAGUGAGGUUAAUUGAGACUGUUGUUUCAUCUGACAGGAAGAAGGGAUUGUAUUGAAACAAAGGCUUUAGUCACCUGGCCAGAACGAGGUAGAAAACCACACUUGGGAACAAGGUGAAACAGAUGCACUGACAUCUGAAACUGGGAAGCAAGAUGAAUGAAAUCUGUUUCAAGUGUGUAUGUUCUUCCCCAAUAAUGCACAUCCUUGUGAGUUCCUUUGCUAUAUUUUUGUAUGUACAUAGAAUUAUAAUUGUAUUUGUAUUUUUAUUCCAUUUGUUUUAAUCUGGUUAUUAUUAUUACCAUUACUUUCUAUUACUGUUGGACAUUAACCUUGUCAGAGACCUGGCUAAUACUUAAGACUAACCAUAAGGCUGAUUUUGUAUUGUGGAGGAGAGGUCCCUUGUGCAUAACACUUGUUUUACAUUGCAGUACAGUAAAUUGCCAUAAACAUUUCAGAAUUCUCUCUUAUUGGUUACAUAUAUCUAUCAUAAAUUGCUUUUGUCCUAAGAACAGAAACAAUCUGAUUUAAAAUAUUUGUGGUGUUCAGACCUCAACAGCCUGAAUUAUAUUUUCACACAAAAAUGAUUGGUUAAGGUCACACACAAGCUUCCAGAGCCAAUCAUAUGUUUUUCCUACCUAAACAAUGUUUGCUGACAUGAUAGUAAAUAACAUGCAUUACUAUCAGAGUCUGUGGCAAACUUUCACAGUAUGAAAUAGUGAGAAGAUACCUCUCCUCCACAGUCACAUCCCAUAAGAAUGGCUUCUCUAGGAAGGGUCCAUGAUGUGGGGCUUCAGUGUGUAGGUACAUACAAUUUACAAGAAUGCCUAACUGGUGCUGUCCAAAGUCUCUAAGCUAACCACUAAAAGUUCACCAUGUUGUAUUAGUAAAUAUUGCUUUGGUACAAUUGGCAUCUUGUAAGUUGUAAAAGAAAUAAAGGAGAAUAUAUAAAUAAAUAAAUAAAUAUAUAUAUAUAUAUAUAUAUAUAUAUAUAUAUAUAUAUAUAUAUAUAUAUAUAUAUAUAUAUAAAUCUAUACAAAUUAAUCUAUUAUAUAUAUAUAUUACACUUUUUUGUUGCUGAUAUUAUCAUAAAGCCACAGAUAUUUAUUUAAAUGGUUGCAAGAAAAGCUAUGUAUUUAUUUUGGGUGAAUGAUAAAAAGAAAUUGAAUGAAAAGACCCAUGUGAUGAUUUCAGCUUUUUUUCAGAGGAUUGGUGGAUAUGGCUAUAAGGCCAUGGAUAACAAAUAAAAAAAAUUUCAAAUA